AUGGAUCAAUCAAUUAAAGAUCUUCAAGAUAUCGAUCAACAGAACAAACAUAGAGGUUCAAGCUCACUAUCUUCACAUCAAGAAGAUAAACUGGCACGUCAUCGAAAAGAUAACAUUAAAACAUUGGUUUACUCUCAAUUCAAAAGACCAUUUAUAAAAAGUGAUUUUAGUGAUGGUUUAAAAGAACUAAAUCUAGGUUAUUUUAACCAUCCUAUUCAACCAGGAUCACUUCCACCAUCACUUGAAAAGUUAAACUUGGGUUCUGAAUUUCAACAAGAUAUUCUACCUGGAACCAUUCCAUCUACAUGUAAAUACUUACAUUUUGGUGAUAAGUUUAACAAAUCAAUCGUUGUAAAUAGUGAUCUAUAUAAUGUAGAAACUAUUAUACUUGGAGUAUCAUAUAAUCAACCACUCCAAGCACACUCUAUUGCAAAUUGUAAAAAACUAGUUCUUACAUCAUUCAAGUAUACCAUUCAAUGUGGUGCAUUGCCAGAAGGACUAUUAGAACUAACACUUAAAUGGCAUCAAGGUGUAGUUGAGAGUGGAGCACUCCCAAAAUCACUCCUUUAUUUAAAAUUACCUAGUUUUCUACUUGCCACUUGUCCCAACACCAUACCCGACACUCUAUUACAUAUUGAUGUUACUGGACCUUAUUCUCAAUUCCCGCUGACUGAAAUGGUAUAUCUAGACUUUAACAGUGUAUUUCCAAUUAGUCUAAUAUCACUAUCAAUACCUGAAUUUGAAAUGGAUGAACAUGGACAACAAGUACUGGAUUUGGAAAGAUUGGUUAAUUUAGAGUAUUUAAAGUGUAGGUCAUCAAUAUUGAUGAAUCAAACCAAAUUACCAAAUACUUUAAAGUGUAUUCAUAUAGUAUCGAUAUUUCCAAUACAAAGACCACCUAUACUCAAAACUAUGUCCAGCAGUAGUAGGGAUAUACUGGUAACAAUGUCAUUUGACUUACCAUCUGAACACCUUCAUACAACCAAUAUCCAUCUACCAAUACGGACAUUGUUAGAAGAUAAUGUAACAACGAUUAUCAUCCAUUUCAAAGUACAUGGAUAUAUGGCAGUUGUAUCAUUCCAACUACGUGAUUUUGGAAGUCACUAUAACUUCUUCUUUGAUUUCCAUCGUUGGCAAGAUGAUUUCUUCAAAAGACAAAAAUAUGAUAAAUACUUUUUUAAUAAAAAAUAUUUUUGA